CAUCUGGCCACAUCCCCGGGAUCACUCAACAGCUCUGCCUGCUCGCCAGUGAUUGGCUGCCGGAACUGUAGCUCAGGAGAGGCACACAGGCAGCCAAUCACCAGCGAGGAGGUGGAGCUUGGAGAAGAGGAGCCGAGCAGCAGAGCGAAGAGCAAAGAAGAUCGAGCGAGGGAGCGGCCGGAGAAGGAAGACAGCUGACAGGUAAGCGUCUGUAGCGUAUGCUGGCUGUAGAUGGGAGGGGGAGGGAGCGAGCCCAGGCUGGAGCAGGAGUCAGCAAGGUAAGUAUCAUUGGUGUCAGUGGGAG